GUGAUAAAACAUCUUAAAUAACUCAAACAGCGAUAAAACAUCCUUUUUUGCGAGCUGUUAAACAUGCUUUUUAAUAUUAUUUAGUUUUCCACUGUUAUAUCAACUGGGGUGGAGCAGUAGAUAUGGCUAUCCGACUGAAAUGCUUUUUUUUAUAUGAAGUUUUCAACUGCAUAUUCCACUGCUCGACUUUUUAACCACGUUGCUAUGGCGGCAAACACCAUUCCACUCCACUGCCAAACCGAUCGGUUAGCGAAGAUUCUGAUUGAGAAAACGCAAUUGGAUAACAAUUGGAAUUUUGCUAACCGAUCGGCUAAAUUAUCCACUCCGUUAUCGACUUUCGUUCGCGAUGAGGCCCAAUGUGUCCAUACUUCGGCUCGAGUGUUCCUUAAUUGUUUCGUCCCCAAAAAGUGCAAAACCAACAGCAUUAUGGAUCCUGCAAAGUUGAAACACAUCAUUCUGAACGCACGCCACCCGUAUGUGGUGACCAAUGCAGAUCCCGAUUGGGCCUGCUUUCGGCAAUCCUUCGCCGAGUGGUGUGAAGCUUUCGACCUGGCGCAUCCAGAUUGCGCCCCGUUCGAGGGCUGUCCAUUGAAAGGCGGUAACCACCCGCAGUGGGAGUGGGAGCGAACGAAGGUGAAGAUGAAGAUGCGCGACAUUUGCACACCCACUGAUACGCGCUGGAAUUCGUUCAGCUAUCGCAACAUCGCACUGCUGCCAGAACCGUGCCGCAGAGGAAUCAAUUUUGCGUGUUUUGGUUUUCCAGAGGUCGAGCAGGAUGUUACCUUCUGGAUUGGAUCGGCACAAGCCCACACACCCUGCCACUACGACACGUACGGCUGUAACGUAGUGGUGCAGGUGUUUGGCCGUAAGUCCUGGAUUCUGCUGCCACCGGACGCAAAGUUAACGCCGGUGCGCGUGCCCUUCGAGGAGUCCAGCGUGUACUGUGAGGAAAACUUCUACAGUCCUGCCUCUUACGGCCCGUUUACUGCGGUGGAGGACAAGGUGUACCAUGUGGUGCUGGAGCCCGGGAUGGCACUGAUUGUGCCGCCGAAAUGGUGGCACUAUGUGGAAACGCUCGAACCUGCCCUCAACUUCAACACCUGGCUGGGUUUGGAGACUGAUGUGGAUUCUCUAAUCUCGGAAUGCAUAACGAAACUGUUGCUUCAGGAUUUGUGCAGUGAUGUCCCGGAAAGGGUGACCAGCCGUCUCAUCAAUCCCAAUGAGGAUUUACCAACAACAGAGGAAAGCGUGAGUGAAUCGUAUCAAAUCUUAAACUAUCUGCUCAACCAAAGGAGAAACAACAAACGCCAGUCUUCAAAUUUGAAGCGUUAUCCUUGCGAAUACCUGCCUGUCGAAGCCUUUGGCCAAUUGGUUGACGAAUGCAAGCCAUUUAUUAAACCGGUUGAGCUGCUGGAUCGAUGUGAUUUCAACAACCUUAUUAAUCGCAAUCGCGCUCGAAACGACCCUUCUUAUAGGGAUAAAAUCAGCGACGAACUAACUGUUGAUGAACUGGAGCGAAUAGCUAGAUUACGGAAAAUGGUAAACGUUUGUUGCAAACCGGAUGUGGUAAAACUUAUAGAGCGCGUUUUGUUGGAUGAAACUAGCUAAUGACUGGACAAACCGACCGGAACGCUUAGUUUUGGGAUAAUAUAGACUAAUAUUUGUUUUAUUUAAAAAAAAGCAACGUGCUUUCAGGUGUGUGCAAUAUGGUAGUUUUUACUGAAAAUUUUGAUCGGUGAUUUUUAAUACUGAUUCAGUCAAAAAAGAAAAGAAAAAUGGUAUUAAUUGUUGUAAUUGUAAUUGUAAAAAAUCUAAUUUGAAAAAUUCAUCUCAAUCUAAGCCAAAUCCUGUUGGAUACAAUACCAAAAAUGUACAGAACCACCCUGUGUUGCUAUGACGUUCAGCGUGAAUUGGUGGUAAGUGUCAACAGUGCAAAUAAAGAAGUGAAAACAACAGACUAUUUUCCGUUCUUGUA